GAGAGAUCCGUUCGUCUUUAGCUAGGAACCUUUUGUUGUAAGAUUAUGUCGUUUCCGGUCGGACGAGGAUCGGUGACGGAACCCAAACAGCCACGUAGCUGAACAGGGAGGAGAGCGUCGGAAAGCUUCGUCAUGCAGUGAGACAGAGAGAGACACACACAGUGGUCCCUGUUCAUGGAUGUUGGAACAGAGCUGUACAAAGAUGGACAACGGAAAUGCGGACGCAGCAUCAGCAGAGAUCAACACCAUAAACACCACCACACAGGCAGGAGGAGACACUAGCAGGCUGAAAUCAGGAGAAGAACCACAUGCUAAGGAGAACAUCCCCAACGGUCACAUCAGAGUCAAUCCUCUGGAGAACGGAGAUAUUCAGGGAGAGACAGGAAAUUGCAGCUCCUCUGUCGUGUCACUUCCUGGUGCAGGUGUGGCUUGUUUCCCUGACAGCGUAGAGAAGCCUGAGGGCUCAGCACUGCAGUCGCUCAGACUAAGUAUCCCAAUGCAGGAGACAGAACUGUCAAGCGAGCCUUCUCUGGAGAUGGAGAAUGAGGAGAAGAUCCGAUUGGAGGCUCGGCGGCGUCUGGAGGAGCAGCUAAAGCAGUAUCGUGUUCAGAGACAGCGAGAGAGGUCACAUCAUCGCUCGCACCCUAAGUCUCGUCCAUGCAGUACCCUUGACCCGGAACUCAUGCUGCACCCAGACAUUUUGCCCCGUGCCUCUGCCGUCGCCAUGACAACCGAGUACUCGUUCCUGCGCACCAGCGUUCCUCGUGGACCCAAACUGGGCAGUCUGGGUAUCCCGGCUUCCAAAGAGAGGAAGUCCAAAUCGUCACGAUCCGGAAAGAUCCACUCGCUUGCUGACUACAAAACCCCAGACACCUCCAGUGAAAGAGCAUCAUCAUCCGGUGUCUCCGUGUCUGCGGUUUCUGACAUGAACAUGAGCUCAGUCACCACUGUGUCUGAGAUCAGUACAAGCUCCAUCUCCACACUGUCAGAAACCAGUGUCCUCAGCUCUGAAAUCGGUGGGAACGACGGGUACAGCGGAGGGACAGCGCUCGGGUUAGGGGCUAGCAUAUCUACAGCUGAGAAGCAAGAAGAGGAAGUAGUUGUGGGUCGGUACCCCUCACUGAGGGAGGUGCUACAGGCAGCUAAUGAGGAGCUGGAGCUGGAGAAGGAAGGCAGGGCCAACGAGGAGCUGGAGAGUGAAGGCGGGGCCGAGCCACGCAGCCGCAGGGACAGUUUCUCUAGCACUGUGUCGUAUGGGAGCUCAGUGAUGGGGAAUCCUGAUGAGCUGCUGCAGGUGUUGAAGGAGAAGAUGAGGCUGGAGGGACAGCUGGAGUCUCUGUCCUCUGAGGCCAGUCAGGCUCUGAAGGAGAAGACGGAGCUGCAGGCAGAGUUAGCGGCACUGGACGCACGUCUGCGUGCUCAGUGUGAGGAGACACGCGUGAGUUCUGAGCAUCAGGCGUCCCUGGCUUCAGAGGUGUUGUCCCUGCGCUCGGAGAGGGGUGGGCUGGAGCGAGUCAUGACAGAACUGCAGGGGCAGCUGGAUGAGAAGAACGCUGGCCUGGAGUCGCUCUCUAAAGACCUGCAGCUUGCCGAGCAGCAGUACCAGAGGCUUAUGGGGAGGGUGGAGGACAUGCAGCAGAGCCUGAGCUCUAGAGACAUCACGGUGAAUGAGUUGCGUCAGCAGCUGACCGGACUACACACACAGCUGCAGCAGGUGGAGAAUGAACGUGCCGCUCUGAACUCUAGGCUACAGACGUCGCAGGCGGAGGUUCAAUCACUGCAGCAGCUGCGCAGCUGGUACCAGCAGCAACUUGCCAUUGCACAGGAGGCCCGAGUUCGACUGCAGAGUCAGAUGGCCAACAUGCAGGCGGGUCAAAUGACUCAGAUCGGUGUGCUGGAGAACCUGAAGAUAGAGAACGUCAAUUUGUCUCACCAGCUCACUGAGACCAAACACCGCUCCAUUAAAGAGAAGGAGCGCAUCGCUGUCCAUCUGCAGAGCAUCGAGACAGACAUGUUGACGCAGGAAGCAGCCAUUCAGCAGAUCCAGGACGCGAAGUCGAUGGUGGAGAAUGACCUGCAGCAGAAACUGGAGGAGCUUGAGGAGGAGCGAGAGCAGUUGCUCAAGGUGGCCAGUAAAUCUACAACACUGGAGAGGGAACUAGAAGAGGUGAGAUUGUCUCUGUCCCAGAAGGACAUUCAGCUCUCAGCAUUCCAGCGUGAACACGUGGAUCUGAUGAAGAAGCUGACAGAGACUCAGGAUGCCCUGCAGAGUAAAGAGCAGGGGCUGCAGCUGAUGGAGGCACGCUACGAGCAGCUGCAGGUCGAGCUGGACGAGCUGCAGGCCGACUCCUCCGCCCGAGGCGAAGAGCUGCAAUUCCUGCGCAAUGAAAAGAUUGUCCUGGAGGUGGCGCUGCAGGCGGCGCGCACAGAGACGAGCCAGCUGGGUGACGGGGCCGAGAAACUCGGACAGGAAGUGCUGGAUUCGUCUGAUAUGCUUGAGAAGCUCAGACAGGAAGUGCAGGUCCAGGCCACGCAGAUCGAGACCUUACAGCAGGAGAACGUCUCUCUGAAGAAACUAUCACAGAAACUGAAGGAGCAAUUCAACCAGCAGAAGGUGAUGGUAGAGGCUUACAGGCGAGACGCAGCCUCUAAGGAGCAGCUGAUCUCUGAGCUGAAGGCCACCAAGAAGCGUCUGCUCUCUGAGGUGAAGGAGCUGAAGGAGGAGGUGCAACAGGCAGAGCAUGCGAAGAGGAGUGCAGAGCUGGAGCAGCAGCGCCUCCUGCAGGAGGUCCAGAGAGUGCAGCAGCAGAUGAACAGCCUGGAGGAACAUCUGCAGGAGGUGCAGAGUGAGAGAGACCAGCUCGACAUCCAGCUGCAGUCUGUCCAGUUUGACCAGAAUCAGCUGUCUGCAGUCACAGAGGAAAAUCAGGUCCUAAGGAAGAAGGUGGAGGAGAUGCAAAGCGAGGCCAAGACUGCGAUUUCAGAGCAGAAGGUGAGGAUGAAGAGGUUGGGGACGGAUCUGACGAGCGCACAGAAGGAGCUGAAGGCGAAGCACAAGGCUUACGAGAACGCUGUGAGCAUCCUGAGCCGACGCCUACAGGAAGCACUGGUGGAGAAGGAGACGGCCGAGGCGGAGCUGUUGAAACUGCGAACACAGGUGGAUGAGAGCGGGAACAACCAGGCUCUGCAGGCGAAGGUGGAGUCGCUGCAGACGGAGCUGAACACUGUGCUCCAGAGUAAAGCCCUGCUGGAGAAGGAGCUGCAGGAAGUCAUCAGUCUGACCAGUGCCGAGCUGGAGGAGUAUCAGGAGAAGGUGAUGGAGCUGGAGGAUGAGCUGCAGGAGUCGCGUUGCUUUAAGAAGCGAAUCAGACGCUUGGAGGACGCUAACAAGAAGCUAACGCUGGAGAUUGAGCACGAGAAGGGGAAGCUGACCGGGCUCGGGCAAUCCCACAAUGCAUUGCGGGAGCAUGCUAAUGUCCUUGAGGCUGCACUUGCUAAGAGAGAAGCUGACUUGGUCCAACUCAACCUGCAGGUUCAAGCCGUGCUGAAGAGGAAGGAGGAGGAAGACCAGCAGAUGAGGAACCUGGUCCAGACGCUGCAGGCUGCUCUCGAAAAGGAGAAGAUCAAAGUGAAGGAGCUGACCGAGCAGGUGGCCGAGGCGAGGCUGGAGGCAGCUCAUAACCACAGGCAUUACAGAGCAGCCGUACUGGAGCUCAGCGAGAUCAGGAAGGAGCUCCAAGCUAAAGAGGAGCUGCUGAGAACAAUGCAGGUGGAGGCCAAGAGACUCGAAACUCAGGACGCUCAGCGCUCUCAGGAUGUGUCCCGGUUCGAGGCCGAGCUGGCUGAGGCUCACACACAGCUGCAGGUCUUGCAGAAACAGCUGGAUGAUGAGCUCAACAAACAACCGCUCACUAACCAGGAGGUCGAGGAUCUUAAGUGGGAGGUGGAACAGAAGCAGCGGGAGAUUGAUGCACAGCGCCACCAAAUGGACCUCUCUGAAAAGUGCCACCAGAAAGAGUUGGACACCAUGCAGGAAACACUGCAGAGAGUGCGGGUGGAGCUGGAGAUGGUGCAGGAGGAGCUGAACAGCACCAGAAAAGAUAAGUUUGUGCUGCAGGCGAAGGUGUGCGAGCUGAGGAACAGCAUGAAGAGCCUGCUGCAGCAGAACACACAGCUUAAACAGGAGCUCAAACACACACGCACACGCAAGCGGAUGGAGGUGAAGAGUGACUCCACCCCUUUGACCCCAGUGAAAAUUCCGGAUUGUCCGGUUCCCGCGUCACUAUUGGAUGAGCUGCUGAAACCGGCCGCUUCCGUCAACAAGGAGCCGCUAAACAACCUGCACAACUGCUUACGACAGCUCAAGGAGGAGAUGGACAGUCUUCAGAAACAGAUGGAGGAGCACACGGUCACCGUGGCAACAUUCAACACGGCAGAGGAGGAGCUUCAGAAACUGGGUAUCCACAACAACGGGAGUUCAUCCAAUAAGGAAAAGGAAACCCAGCCAGAAGAGACGCCGUCUUCGUAAGACGUCUCUCUGUCAGCGAGAGGACACAUUUUAUCCUGACACGCACUUUUUAAGGAUCUGUUUUUAUUUUUGUUUAUCUGAUGCCCAUAUUUGGCCAUGUCUCAUCUUUGUUGGACCUAAAGCUUUAUUUGUGUCUUUCUUUUAUUUUGUCUUUUAUUUAUCUGUCGAAAAGUUGGAGGAAUGUUGCUAGAAGUCACCAAAAAUGUCGUACGUUCAUGUGAGGAAUUAACCCAAUUAGUGUUCCCUUGGAGGGUAGAAUGCCUAAGCAGGGCACAGAGAAUGACAUGUUCUGUCUGCUUGGGUAUAACCUAAUAAUACCGUAACCCCUGAAGAUGAGUUAAUGGACACAACAAGUCCGGUAGAACAGGAGGAAACAGGAAGACAUCAUUUUUACUGAACCGUUGAUCCAAUACUAAUACCAGAGCUUUCACACCGGGUCAUCGGUUGAUUCUGAAUCAGCAUGAAAUUGAUUCCAUUGAAUCGUUAGCUAUGUAGUGGUUCAGUUUCACACUGCACAUAUUUACAUAUCUAAAUUUAGAAAGAAAACAUCUAAGGUGUGUGUAGGACUGAAAGCGUCCUCUUUCAAACACUUUUAUUUGUAACUUUUAGCCAUUUAGUGUGUCAAAAUCGCGGAAGUGUCCCAAGUACGACGAUUCAGAGUGGAAUCAGAAGAGUUGAGUGGGGAGGAGACGGGACCAUCAGACCCCGUUCUGUCCGGCUGAAGGCUAAAUCACACACUGUGAUCUGUCCAGUAAGAUGAAGUGCAGGCCACAGAAUGAUACAAGCUCCACAGUAAUGAACUUAUUGUUUAUUCAUGUACAUAAAUAGAUCUAUAGCCGGUGUAAAUGGGUGAGUGCUGAACACUCACUUUUACUCAGUGGAACACGAUUCACGGUUCAGUAUUUUGUUCUGUUCUGCACAGGAAGCUGUUUCCUGAAUGACAAGCUGAGGUUGUGAAGAUGCUGUGAGGCGUGUGAUGUGUAACAGGGUAUCGACAUAAGGUGCUCGUGUGAAUCAGGAAUUAAAGGGCUGUAAGAGCACCGUUUCUGUCUCCAUGAUGACGGGAGCUCGUCCCCUCACCAUGGCUUUGUGAGCAUCGGUCAGUCAGAGGAUGGCUUUUACUCUGACGCACUUUUUUAAGGCCUGUUAUGUUUUGGUUUAUUAGACGCUCAUAUUUGGUCGUGUCCCAUACACGCUGUACAUGAGGGUCAGGAAUUAAAGGGCUGUUAAUCGCUAUAUAAAGCAAAAGCACCGGCUUCUGAAAAAAAGGCACCUUCCUCUCUAUAGACUUCUGAAGCCCCGCCCCCAAGCCCCACCCUCAGGGAAAGUCACCGCGGCGAUGCUCUCAUCACAACACUGUGCUGAAGUUACAGGGUCGCACCUCACUGAUCUCAUUAACAUACACAACAGGCUAGUGUGGACUGCUUCUGUGAGGUAGCUCUCUUUCCCCAUCCGUCAUUUCUUUCAGUUAUCAGUUCAGCUAUCAGUUCUGGAGCGUAUUGUGAUCAUUAAAGCUCCUGUGAUCGAGAGGUGCUUCCUGCUUUUAUUAUUUUAUUUUUUUUAUUAUUUUUUGAACGGGUUAUCAUGACGUUGAGAGCUAAAUCGCGGACACGGCUGUGUUGUGUCGUGUCGGUUUGUUCCACUCUAAAAAUCUGAGGACGUUUCCGUGUGUGUGAACAGUUGAUGUCUCUGCUCUCUAAAGUGUGUAAUUUAUACUGUAUAUAAAAUAAGAACUGUACUGACAGAUAUUGAUAUUGACAUUGCACAACUGACUGUUUGAAAAAAAUAGAGGAAAAAGAUGUAAAAUAUUGUUGCUUUUUUUUUCUUUUCCCCCUUUUUUUUGUGGUGGAAGUGAUUCUGACCGUUCCUGACUUUGUUUCUGAUUGUGGAGUGUGCACGAGAUGAGACUAACUCUUCCUCUGGGAUUUGGAUGUGCUCAUAACUCUGUGUUUCUGACCAGCUUUGGCACUGGAACGUCAAACAUCUGGGAGAUUAAGAGAAAGAAACAAAUAAACAUGUGCUUUAAAGUAGUUGUGUGCUGAACAGCUGAUCGUGUCCACGGUGUCACUGGGCUGGAGGUGGGAAUUUUUUAAGGUGUUCAGGAAAUGUGUGCUAAGAGAGAACAAUCCCAUAAUGCACCUCACUGACAAACAUGAAUAUGCUUACGUAUGUGGUGACAUUUUGGAACGAGUGUAACGUGAUGAGAAUCCAAUGCUCCACAGCACUGGAUCGAACUAGAUACAGAUACAAACUAUGUUGUUGAGUUGCUGUGUGAUCGAGGAGUAAAACGCAUGGGGUCGUGCUGGUAGAGGAAAAUGAUCAGCUGUGAGGUGGUAACGGUGACUCCAUCCAGGUGGUGGUGUUCCUGGAUUAACACACAGUUUUAUUCCUUCACUUCUAUCAGGCAUGAAGCUGAGACACACUGCUCUCUGCUCAGGUCUGCUUUAAAGCUGCUGCAGUGUCACUUUAAGGCUGAAGAGUGUAAAUGAUUUAUUCAUGAGAAAGUUUCAAAUAAAUAACAGAUUUAAUUCCA